UUUAGUCUUUCCAAUCAAUUCCAAGCAUUGGGCAAAAACUGCUUGACUAAGAAAGCAACCCCCCAAAAAAGAUCUUCUUUUAGCAUCCCAUUAGUGUUUGGGUUCUUGAUUUCUCAACACUUUUUCCUCUGUUUUCCGCAGAUGUUCAACUAAGUGAGGGGAAAGUGAAUUACUCUACAGUUUCUUGGAAGCAACCUGAAAGAGUCAUGUAACUUUAGAUGGCUGGCAGGGUACCUUUUGCUAUUUAGAUAGUGAUUUUGAUGGAGGAGAUAUAUCAGGCGGUUGCAGUGCCUUUUAGAUUAGGUAAUUCGGUAUUGGACAAUCUGAUUGUAGAAACUCGUAUGAACUUUACGAACUUCAACUUGAUGGCCGAUCCAGCAAGCUUGUUUCCGCAUUCUCAGAUUAAGGUGGCUAACUCUGUAGACGGUGACAAUGAGGAUUGCAGUUUUUGUGAUUCAGGAAGUGAAAUCAGUUCCACAAUGCUGUUGGGAUCUGAAGAGAAUAGGAGAGGAGUUUCUUCCGUGCUGGCUUUGACUUUCGAGGAUGAAAACAACUGGUUAGCUACUGACGUAGUUCGCGAGAGUGAAGAAGAUGGGUUAUCGUCAUUGGAGGGCGAUGCAAUACUUGAUAACUCUUGCUGCUUGUCUGUGGUGAGUGACACUAGUAGUUUAUGUGGGGAUGAUUUGUUAGGUUUUGAAAUCAAUUCUGAAAUUGGGACAACCAUUUUAGAGGUUGUGAACAGCGUAUGUGAUGUUGAACUUAUUCCCAAGACCAGAGAUUUGGGAGAUCCAAAAAUUGGCACUGGUUUUGGUGACUCUCUAUCCAUGGGUGUUGGCUUAGACGAAGAGAUUGCAGAUGGUCCCAGCUCAAAAUCAUCUCAAGUUGUUAUGCAAUUGGAUAAAGGGCCGAAUGUAAGAGCCAACCGCAGUGUUUUUAAGGUAGAUUAUGUGCCUCUGUGGGGGUUUACAUCUGUGUGCGGUAGGAGACCAGAAAUGGAAGAUGCCGUGGCAACAAUGCCUCGGUUUAUGAAAAUUCCUCUCCAGAUGCUUAUGGGUGAUCACGAAUUUGAUGGUGUGACAUCCCCCUUGAGCCAUUUGACAGGCCAUUUCUUUGGAGUCUAUGAUGGCCACGGGGGCUCUCAGGUUGCAAAUUAUUGUCGAGACCGUAUUCAUUCUGCUUUGGCUGAAGAAUUGGAAAUUAUCAUGACCACCUUGAAUGGAGGAAGUAGUAAGGAAAAUUGUGAAGAGCAGUGGAAAAAGGCACUUUCAAAAUGUUUUAUCAAGGUGGAUGAUGAAGUUGGAGGGAAAGCCAGUCUUGAACCUAUUGCUCCUGAAACUGUGGGUUCUACUGCCGUUGUUGCCAUAGUUUGUUCAUCGCAUAUAAUAGUGGCUAACUGUGGUGAUUCAAGGGCUGUGCUCUGCCGUGGCAAAGAACCCAUGGCGCUGUCUGUGGAUCACAAGCCAAAUCGUGAAGAUGAAUAUGCAAGAAUUGAAGCAUCUGGAGGCAAGGUAAUACAGUGGAAUGGACAUCGUGUCUUUGGAGUCCUUGCGAUGUCUAGGUCAAUCGGAGAUCGGUAUUUAAAGCCCUGGAUUAUUCCGGAUCCUGAAGUAAUGAUAGUCCCCCGAACCAGGGAGGACGACUGCCUCAUUCUGGCCAGCGACGGUUUGUGGGACGUGCUGACAAACGAAGAGGUCUGUGAUAUCGCUCGUAAAAGGAUACUACUCUGGCAUAAAAAGAAUGCAGCCACAGUUCCACUGCAACGCGGUGAAGGAAUAGAUCCUGCGGCUCAAGCAGCGGCAGAGUACCUCUCGAAUCGUGCCCUGCAAAAGGGCAGCAAGGAUAACAUCAGUGUCGUCGUCUUAGACUUGAAAGCCCAAAGAAAGAUCAAGAACAGAAGUUAGCAUUCAACUCUUUGGUCGCCCCUCGAUCUUUCUUGGUUGUCGUGGAAUGUAAUCCUCCAUUUCUUUCAAUUUAAUGCCCUUACUGUUUUCAUCAAAGGGCAGUAGCUAUUUGAAUUAGGAAUGUGGAGUAGUGGGAGCCCCUGAGAAGCUCACAGUGAUCUGGGAAAAAAACAUAAACGUUUGACUUGCUUAUCUUCUUACCUCUCCGAGCUAAAGGCUCUGUGAGGGGCAUAUAACUUCAUUGUAAUGUUGACAAUGAUGUCUUGCAAAUCAAUGAACUGUAAAUAUAAUAUCAAACUUGUGUUGCUUA